CGCCGUGUUUGGUCAAUGAAAUCACUUACAGGUCAGCUGUUCUUGGAGAGUGUGCAGAAUCAUUCGUGGGGGGAAAAAAUCCACGCCGAAAACUUGUUGAUGUUGAGUUGGCAUUCUGGCAGGCAUUGUACUACAGCUGUCUGUGUCUUGUCGUACAACUCGGCAUGUCCAGAUGAAUCAAUUGCGGAAACUCUGAUUUAGUGGUUGGGGAAGGUGGCAAAGGAACAAUGACAAUGCGCAGAAUCAAUGUUGUCAUUCUCGUCCUGCUCGCCGUUGCCUUUCUCAUCAUAUUGCAACGGAAUCUUCUAAACCUCAAUGAUUUUUUGAGACAUGAAAAUGCAGAGGCGGUACCCGGCGCGCUCCUGCCUUUUGAGCCAGACUUCGCUGUCAAGCAUAAACCUGAUGUCGCGAGGACGGGUGUUGAGAUUCCAGUGGUCAUUACAGCGGCCGAGGAGAGGCUGGGGGCAGCCCUGGCGGCGAUGAACAGCGUCUACCGCAACAGCAAAUCCAACAUUGUCUUCAACAUUGUUACCCUCAACGACUCUGUUGACCACUUGAAAGCGUGGAUGAGUAAAGCUGACUUGGCAGAUGUCAAACACAAAGUCAUUGUAUUUGAGCCAAAGAUGCUGGAAGGGAAGAUUUUGAACGACCCACAGAAGAAAGAGGAAGUCAAACCACUAACCUUUGCCAGAUACUACAUGCCUAUGCUCCUGCCCAGCGUGGAUAAAGCCAUCUAUUUGGACGAUGAUGUCAUUGUUCAAGGUGACAUCCAGGAGCUCUUUGAAACUAGUCUGAAGGCCGGCCAUGCAGCUGCUUUCUCUGACGACUGUGACUCUGCGUCAUCAAAGGGCAUUGUACGAGGAGCAGGAAACCAGAAUAACUACAUGGGUUUCUUGGACUUCAAGAAGGACUCCAUUAAAAAGCUCAACAUGAGGGCUACGACCUGCUCCUUCAACCCCGGGGUCAUCGUGGCCAACCUUACAGAGUGGAGGCUCCAGAACAUCACCACCCAGCUCGAACAGUGGAUGGAGCGCAAUGUCAAGGAGGACUUGUACAGCAAAAACCUGGCAGAGAGUGUAACAACGCCCCCUCUCCUUAUCGUCUUUUACAAACGCCACUCAAGCAUAGACCCCAUGUGGCAUGUCAGGCACCUCGGUGCUACAGGGGCAGCGAAUCGUUACUCUUUACAGUUUGUGAGCGCGGCCAAACUGCUCCAUUGGAAUGGACACUAUAAACCCUGGGGGAGGCUGUCGUCAUUUUCCGACGUUUGGGACAAGUGGUACAUUCCGGACCCGCUGGAUAAAUUCCAUCCUAUUCGGAGGCAUUCUGAUGACAAAUGAACAUGACUAAGAAAAACAGACAAUGUGUGGUGCAGGUUCCUGCCAAACUGUGUCUGUCGGUUUCGGGAGAAUCAGCCAACCUCUCAGGCGUGGGGAGGGAUUUUGAGACAUUCCUACUCAUUGUGUACGGUGUUACCCUUCUGACCCCUGGCUAUGAAAAAAAAACAACCUCUGGUUCACUCUCUCCAGCUGCUAAUCAUGUGCCAAUGUCAUCACUUUUUGGACAUGUGUAAGACCAAUCCUAAGUCCUACAGUGCCUGUCACAGUAUGAUAUUGAAAUCCAGAUGGUUCCAGUUGUGUAAAGAUCAUGAAAUAACACUAAUGAGUAAUGACCGCUCAUGUUACAAAAAUCAACAAAAGUGGUGCUUGAUUUCUUCAGCCAGAUUUCAUCCCAGUCUGAAACUGCUCCUGUGUAUGCUUGCUUUUUGGUAAUGCCUUGUUAUCCUAAGACAAAGGCAGCUGUUCUGAAACAGUAUUAUGCCAAUAUGAAAUUGAACCACUCUCCUCCUGUAUGGUUAUUUUUGCAAUGUUGUUCCUCAGGUUCCUAUGCAGUUGAUGUAUAUUUUUUAUGAACAAAGCAUGAUCACUGAUGAACCCAGUAAAUAUUUGAAAUGCUGGCAUAAGGUAUGGUCACGGGUGGAAGCAAUAAAGCAAAUAUUUCUUAGCA